CCUCAGUGAAUGGUACGCCGCAUGCCCUUCGCUAUGGUCUUACUGAGCCUGGUAUCCAUAUCGCGGUGAAAGUUUUUCGAAACUCAAUUUUUGAUACGAUUAGAUUUUUUUGCUUCUUAUUUUUAUUGUGUUUGUUUAAAAUUUUAAUUUUAUUAUUUAAGUUUAAAAAAUGCAUUGAGUUUAAUUUAAUUAUUGUUCAGGUUUUUAAAAAAAGUAUCGAAAAUAGUUUUUUUAGUGUUAUUUUCUAAUUGACAUUUUCAAAGUGAUUUAUAACGAGUGUAUAUUUUUUUGUGAAUACAUUUAUUGCAUGGAGUAAAUAAAUAAAUAAAUACAAUUUGGAAUAACAAUUUGAUUUAUGUGUUAAAAAAAUGACAAGUUUUAUAAAAAUGAAUCCAUAUUCGGCGGUUUGGAAAUGUCGACUAAGAUUGAAAAAGUCAGCUGAAGUGGCAUCAUCAACAUUGACCUGAGAUUUAUUUACUCAGACUAAUACUGUUUAUAAUCUAUUGAACAAUGAUAUCCGCGCUGCUAACGGCUUUGUCUUUAAUGAUAUUGUCGCUUGCAUCAGCGGACGUAAAUUUUAUGCAAUCUUGUGAGUCUCCUGCGCAGUGUCGAUGCGAUGGCCACGAAGCAACAGAAGUUUCCUGUAGAAAUUUGGGAUUCACCAGAAUACCCGAUGAUAUACCCUUCAACAUUACUAAGCUAGAUGUGGCCAGUAACAAUAUUACGGAGAUAGAUGAACAUGUAUUUAGCCGACUGACCUUAUUGGAAGAUCUGGUAUUAGCUGAUAAUCCUAUCAAAGAGAUACACCCCGGAGCAUUUCUAAACAAUAUAUGGUUAAAACGUCUGUCGUUCCAGAAAUGUCAACUUGUCCGGGCGCCAUGUGAAACAUUCCAGAGUUUCAGACAACUGUCGUCCUUACAACUAGAUCAAAACCAUUUGACUGAGAUCGACGAUCGGUGUUUCGACCAACUAUCUCAAUUAAGGAAUCUUCGACUGGAAAAUAACAAACUCACUAAAGUUCCUAAACAAGCGUUAAGCCUAGUCCCUACCUUAGAAGCAUUAAACUUGGGAAGUAAUUCAAUUGUAGAUAUUUCAAAUGACUCAUUUUCCUCGUUACCCAAUCUGGUCAUAUUGCUACUUAAGAGAAAUCAAAUCGAAUUCGUGGAUGAAACUGCGUUUGAGAGCCUUACUUCUUUGAAAAUAUUGGAACUCGACGACAAUCAGUUGGAUACGAUCCCGGUCGCUCUUGCCAAGUUGACAUCUCUUCAGGAGCUGUCAUUGUCUGGUAAUAAUAUUAAGUUCGUGCCAGAAGGAGUGUUGCAACGAUCACAAGGUCUAGCGUUGCUCGAGCUCAAAGGCAACCCUUUGAUUGGCGUGCACCCAUAUGCUUUCGCUUCCCUACCGAAAUUAAGAAAACUAGUAUUGUCAGAGGCCAGGGAACUCACAGAAUUUCCGAAUCUUAACGGCACGUCAGCGCUCGAAGUGCUCCGAAUCGACAGGGCGAGCAUUUAUUCGAUACCUGAUACGCUGUGUACGACGUGUCCUAAAUUAAAAAGCCUUGACAUCAAAUGGAACAGAUUAUCUAGGAUACCGAAUCUCAAUAAGUGUAAAGAACUCAGAGUGUUAGAUUUGGCAAAUAACCAUAUAGCGUCAUUGGACGGAUCAUUGUUCCGUAAUCUGUCUCAUCUCCACGACCUUUUACUUGGUCACAAUUAUAUAACUUCGGUACCCAGAGACGCCUUCCAAGGAUUAGUUCAGCUUAAAGUCUUGGAUCUUGAAUCGAACAAAAUUGACCGUAUUGAUGACGAAACUUUUUUGUCAUUUAGCCAACUGGAAGACUUAAACGUGGGAAAAAACGUAUUUGAACAUCUGCCUACCAAAGGUCUGGAGAGAUUGCUACACUUAAAAACGUUUAAUAACCCGAACUUGAGACAAUUUCCAACUCCUGAACAUUUUCCCAGAAUUCAAUCUUUGGUGCUAUCAUAUGCAUACCAUUGUUGUUCGUUUUUGCCACUCCAGUCAGAAGAUGAUUCACCGCCCUCUUCGCAGACAAGUCUUCACGAAUCUGUCAUAUUUCCAGCCAACGAAAAUGAUUUUGACAUGACUCUCUGGAACUCCAGCAUGUCUGACAUAUGGCCUCAACUGCAAAACUUAAGUAAAAAAUUUGGAACGCAAGUCAAUGAUUUAUGGGAUUCAUUUGGUUCAGACUUCACGUAUCCAGGGAAUUUACCAUCGUACAUGGAGGAAUAUUUUGAAGAACAACAAUUGGAAGGAAGGUCACAAGAUGUUAUGUCGUCAAAAAUCAAGUGCUUGCCACUUCCUGGUCCAUUUUUGCCAUGCCAAGAUCUCUUUGAUUGGUGGACAUUGAGAUGUGGAGUAUGGGUUGUGUUCUUAUUAGCCAUGUUGGGAAAUGGGACUGUGGUAUUUGUGCUAAUAUUUGCCAGAAGUAAAAUAGACGUGCCCAGGUUUCUCGUAUGCAAUUUGGCAGCAGCCGAUUUCUUCAUGGGUCUUUAUUUAGGUAUAUUAGCUGUCGUUGACGCUGGCACUUUGGGAGAGUUUAAAGUGUUCGCUAUACCAUGGCAAAUGUCUGCCGGUUGUCAACUGGCUGGCGUUUUAGCAGUGCUGAGUUCAGAACUUUCAGUGUAUACACUGGCCGUGAUCACACUGGAAAGAAAUUACGCAAUAACGCACGCCAUGCAUCUAAACAAACGUCUGUCACUUAAGCAUGCGUCAUACAUAAUGCUCUGUGGUUGGAUUUUCGCUGGUGGGAUGGCCGCGUUGCCACUGUUUGGCGUGUCUGACUACCGAAAGUAUGCAACAUGCUUGCCAUUCGAAACUACUACUGGCACAUGGAGUUUGGUGUAUGUAGUAUUUUUGAUGUUUAUAAAUGGUGUGGCAUUUUUCAUACUCAUGGGAUGCUAUUUGAAAAUGUACUGCGCCAUCAGAGGCUCCCAGGCUUGGAAUUCUAACGAUUCACGAAUCGCUAAACGCAUGGCAUUGCUCGUUUUUACCGAUCUGCUGUGCUGGGCCCCUAUAGCAUUCGUCUCUCUGACAGCUAUUUGUGGGUUUCAUCUUGUCUCGUUGGAACAAGCUAAAGUGUUCACGGUAUUUGUGUUGCCUUUGAACUCGUGUUGCAAUCCCUUUCUGUAUGCAAUAUUGACUAAACAGUUCAAAAAAGAUUGUGUGAUGAUAUGCAAAGCUAUCGAAGAGUCGAGAGUGACUAGAGGCAUCGGAAGGUGUAGGCAUAGUUCUAACUUCAGCAACAGGCAGACACCAGCCAACACCAACAGUUUAGUUGAUAGGUCUUCGCGAGACAAUUAUCCUCAUCCUCCAUGUAGCUGUAACGUUAAAUUGUUGGAUGACAAGUCUGUGAAAACAGAAGAGACAUUCUACGAUUGGAUCAACAUCAAAUUUAGAAGGAUAAUGUCGUGUUUGCAGCGAGAAUCUGAUUCGGGCAGACAGUACAUGAGAAGCGACCGGUAUGCCUACCAAAUUGCUGAAAUACAACAAAAGCAGCAUAAACGUGCAUCAUCGAUGUCUUCUAGUGAAAAUUACAGUUCGUCAAGAUCGGAUUCAUGGAGACAACACCAUCACCACCAUCAUCAUCAUCAUUGUGGUGUGCCCUUGAGACUUCUUGAUCCAAAACAGAGGCGUGCCAGUUCGUGGAUUGUGACUAGGAAGACUUCACAAGACUCAAAUCUAUCGAGCUCGAGAAAUGACAGUUCGGGUUCUGCUAACACGGCCAGCACUAGUGUAAGCACAAGGACUUCCAGGUCUAGCGUAGGUUGUAGCGAUCAUAAACCAAAGCCUCGGCUGACUCGCCAACCAGCCGUGUUAGACGACCCCGAGUUGGUCGUGGGUGGUUCUCCUAAUAGAUUGAGUGUUCGAUUUUUGGCAACUAUUCCUUCAGCUGCCGAGACAAGUAUUUACAGAGCAGACACUGAGGACGAAGAUGAUGAAAACAGAAUGGACGAUUCGUUAAGGCCAGAAAAUUCACCAACUACUACUGCCAGUGAAAGGACUACACCACCGGAUUCUAAACCAUCGUCCCCACACAGUUAAAAUGUCACUAUUUUUUUUAUAUUUAGUAGACUUUAGACAAUUUCGUACAUAUAUUUUAUAGUCAUACCGAGUAAGAUUCUGAGACAUAGCCAUCUUGAUCAAAUAUAGAAACAAAUUAUAACGUAACACGUGAUAAUAUAAUUUAAAAUGUAACUCUUAACGAUGUAACAUUUGUUAUUAUUAUUAUUAUUAUUACUACUACUAUUGAAUAAUAGUUGUUUCCUACCACAUGUGCGUAAACAAUUAAACUUUAAAACAUUAUAUUUUAUAAUGUAUAUUAUAUUAUAGUACUAUGACGCAGUUUUGUAAAAAUGUAUUACCUACAUCAUUUUAAUCUUUUAAAUAUUGAUGAACAAAAACGCCGAGUCUUAACUUAUGUUUUUAUAAUAUUAAAUUUAUAAUAUAUAAAAAUACUGUCUUUUAAAUUAAUUUUUUUUACUUUAUUGCCCAUUUCAUAGUGUGGGCAAUAUUCUUUAUAGUCUAAACAAUAAACAUUUGUAAGUAAGUAGAUCAUAAUUAUAACAUAUUAUUGGUGUUUUAAGCCAAUAUAUUAUUCAGUUUGACGAGCUUUAGUCGAUCGGUUUAAAGACGAGUUAUAUGAUACAAAUUUAUAUAAAAUAACAGCUCGAGCCAAGACAAUACUCUAUAAAAAAUUAACUAAAAAGGCUGUGUUUUAGUACAAGGAAUGACGAUAUAAAUUACGUACCUAGGUUAUUAUAUAUUUUAUAAUAAUAAUGUUUUUUUUUUUACUAUAAGUUUGUGUAAUAUGUAUGUUAUAAAUAAAUAUGGUUUUGUAUUAAAAGUAUAUGUCAAAGCAAUUGUAUGUGUGCCUCAAUUACAGAUAAUUACUGUAUAGUAAAAUAUACUUUUGUUUUGCAGUGAAUUUUCUCCAUGGAUGUACUAUAGUAAAAAUAUGUAAAUGUGAGACAAGAAAAAAAUAACUCUGUGGCUAUAAUGUUCAUAAAAGUUAUAAAUUAUAACAACAGAAGUAUAAUAUACUUUUAUAAUGUAUCCAUCGACAAUUGCUUUGUGUGUUUACUUUUUUGACAAAACUGUAUGUUCGCCUGUUCCUGAUUCGUGUCAUUUUUGCCGGUUUUUUGUACAUUUUACUAUAAUAUGUAAUAAAUUAUUAUUCAUAA